AUGGCGCGUGCAGAGGGCAGCAGGGCGCGCGACGCGCACAGGGCUGCAGGGCGCGCGGGGCGCACAGGGCAGCAGGGCAGCAGGGCGCACAGGGCUGCAGGGCAGCAGGGCGCGCGGGGCAAACAGGGCAGCAGGGCGCACAGGGCUGCAGGGCAGCAGGGCGCACAGGGCUGCAGGGCUGCAGGGCAGCAGGGCGCGCGGGGCGCGCAGGGCGCGCAGGGCAGCAGGACAGCAGGGCGCGCAGGGCGCGCAGGGCUGCAGGGCGCACGGGGCGCAGCAGGGCUGCAGGGCGCGCGGGGCGCGCAGGGCAGCAGCAAGGGCUGUAGCGGUUGCAGCAGGGAAGCAGGGCGCACAGGGCUGCAGGGCAGCAGGGCGCACAGGGCUGCAGGGCAGCAGGGCGCGCGGGGCGCGCAGGGCUGCAGGGCGCGCGGGGCGCACAUGGCUGCAGGGCGCGCGGGGCGCACAGGGCAGCAGGGCAGCAGGGCGUACAGGGCUGCAGGGCAGCAGGGCGCGCGGGGCAAACAGGGCAGCAGGGCGCACAGGGCUGCAGGGCAGCAGGGCGCGUGGGGCGCGCAGGGCUGCAGUGCGCGCAGGGCGCGCAGGGCAGCAGGACAGCAGGGCGCGCAGGGCGCGCAGGGCUGCAGGGCGUGCAGGGCGCACAGGGCAGCAGGGCAGCAGGGCACGCGGGGCGCAGCAGGGCUGCAGGGCGCGCGGGGCGCGCAGGGCAGCAGCAAGGGCUGUAGCGGCAACAGCAAGGGCUGUAGCGGCAGCAGCAGGGCAGCACGGCGCACAGGGCUGCAGGGCAGCAGGGCGCACAGGGCUGCAGGGCAGCAGGGCAUGCGGGGCGCGCAGGGCUGCAGGGCGCGCAUGGCGCGCAGGGCAGCAGGACAGCAGGGCGAGAGGGGCAAACAGGGCAGCAGGGCGCACAGGGCUGCAGGGCAGCAGGGCGCACAGGGCUGCAGGGCAGCAGGGCGCGCGGGGCGCGCAGGGCAGCAGGACAGCAGGGGUGCAGCAGGGAGAGAGAGAGGAGAAAAGGGCGGGGGGGGAGGGGGCUGA